UCCAGUAGCGCACGGGAGAAGAAGCCCAGGAUCCUGGUGUCCAGCGUCUUGUCAGUCCGCCGUAGUAACGCAUGUACACGCUAUGAACACCGGCGCGGGGUUGUAGGUAGUCCCGGGUCUGGGUGUCUCUCUUCACGGCGACAGUGGGGUUGGGACGAGCCCGGCAGAGGAGCUGGUGCACCGCCUGUGUCUGGAAUAAAGAAGGCAUUCCUAUCUUUCCCUCGGUCCACCCCUCCCUCCCUUUCUCCUCUCGGGGUCUGUAAAUAAGCUGGGGCUGUGUAGACCCUUGAGAGUCCCUCCCCCUCCCGCUCUUCCCCCACCACCCCUUCAAACUCCAGUGCCUGCUCAGAUUCUGCUACUCUCAACGCUGCUGAGGGGCACUGGGGAGAUGCUCAGAUGAUCCACAGGGCCGUCCCGAAACGCAUCGUCCACACAGCCUAGAAGACUAACUAGAGCGAGUGUGAGAGAGCCCUUGGAGGGUGCAGUGAGUUCCCCUGCGAAGCCCGCCCACCAAGCCUGGCAGAAAGCUCGGCUUGCCCCUUCGCUACUCCAGCCCCUGAGAUGCCCUCCCCUCCCAAUGAUGGAGAGGAUCAAGGAGCGUCCCCCAUGAAGAGGCCAUCUGUGGGCUCCUACCAGAGCAGCGGCAGGAAGGCACACAUGAAAAAGAAAAAAGGCAGGAUCAACGCCAAUGUUGCUGGCACCAAAUAUGAGAUCGUUCGCAUUGUCAUCAAUGAGAUGGACUUCAUCAAGACCCGGGACGAAGACGAGACGGCCAACCUCAUCUGGAAUGACUCGGCCGUGCAGCACGAGAAAAUCGCUGAGCUCCGGAAUUAUCAGAGAAUUAACCAUUUCCCUGGCAUGGGCGAAAUCUGCCGGAAAGACUGCCUAGCAAGAAACAUGUCCAAAAUGAUCAAGAUCCAGCCUCAAGAAUACAGCUUCAUACCCAAGACCUGGAUCUUCCCAGCUGAGUACACUCAGUUCCAGAACUACGUCAAAGAACUGCGCAGGAAACGCAAACAGAAGACCUUUAUCGUCAAACCUGCCAACGGAGCCAUGGGUCACGGGAUCUCGCUUAUCCGUAACUGUGAGAAGUUGCCAGCCCAGGAACACUUUAUCGUUCAGGAGUACCUGGACAAGCCCUUCCUGAUGGAGGGUUACAAGUUUGACCUGCGCAUCUACAUCCUCGUCACGUCCUGUGACCCGCUUCGCAUUUUCCUCUACAAUGACGGCCUGGUUCGCAUGGGCACAGAGAAGUACCAUGCACCCAGUGAGGCCAACCUGAGCCAGCUCUACAUGCAUCUGACCAACUACUCCGUCAACAAACACAAUGAGAACUUUGAGCGAGAUGAGACAGUGGACAAAGGAAGCAAGAGAUCCAUUAGCUGGUUCACUGAGUUCCUCCGCGCCAACGGCUAUGAUGUGGCCAAGUUCUGGGGAGACGUCUCUGAGCUGGUGGUUAAGACAUUAAUAGUGGCUGAACCCCACGUGCUGCACGCCUACCGCAUGUGUCGCCCCGGCCAGCCACCAGGGAGCGACAGCGUCUGCUUUGAGGUCCUCGGCUUUGACAUCAUCCUGGACCGCAAACUCAAACCCUGGCUACUGGAGAUCAAUCGAGCGCCGAGCUUCGGGACCGAUCAGAAGAUUGAUUACGACGUGAAGAAAGGGGUGCUGCUCAAUGCUCUCAAACUCCUCAACAUUAGGGCCAGUGAUAAGAAGCGUAACCUGGCCCAGCAAAAGGCAGAAGCUCAGAGACGGCUCUACGGACACGGCUCCAUGAAGAAGCUCUCAGCUGCUUCUUCAGACUGGGAGAAACAGCGUCACACACUUGAGAGAAGGAGAGAAGAACUGAAAGAGCGACUGGCACAGGUCCGCAAGCAGAUCUCCAGGGAGGAGCAUGAAAAGCAACAUCUGGGGAACUACAGACGUAUUUACCCCCCAGACGACAAGCUGCUGUUGGAGAAGUAUGAAAGCCUGCUCUCGGCCGCCUUUCAGACCUUCCUCGCUGGGCGAGCUGCCUCACUUCAAAAGGAAAUGAAUAAUCCUCUGAAACGAAUGAAGGAGGAGGACAUCUUGGAUCUGCUGGAACAAUGUGAACUGGAUGACGAGAAGCUGAUGGGCAAAUCCUCCAGGCAGCGAGGACCUAAGCCCUUGACCGCUAUGCCAGAAUGCAGCCAGACACCGAGACGUCAACGACCCGACUACCUGGCUGACUUCACCAGCGGCAGCAGCGAUGAAAACUCCUGCUCCUCCUCAGACGAAGAGGAGGAGGAGAGGAGGAAAGCAGGAGGAGGAGGAAGAGGUGGGGAGAAGAAGGAGAAGAAAGUUUCCUACGACCUUGGGGAGAGCAAGGAGAAGAACUUGGCUGAGCGCUCAGGUCGCAUGCACUGGAAACCUCCCGUCAAGCCGCUGAAAACCAGCCCCGCCCCCUCCGCAUCGCCGACACUCUCUGGUCCAAUCAGGCGCUCCAUCUCCUGUCCGCGCUCCAUCGCCUCCCUCUCGUCACCCAGUGAAGUGCGAGGGCUGUCUACCAAGCAAUCGCCUACAGUCCCCGUGGCCACGCCCCUCGUCAGGCCGACCUCCGCCACGCUGCGCUCUCACUCGCUGAGCCGCAGUGGCUCCACCCACCGUGUGCCUCACAGCAACAGCCUGGGAACCAUCCACUCCAACAUAAGCGAUCCGCUAAUAAACCUGAGGAGUAAAGAGCAGGAGGCGGAGCUGGUGCGUCAGACCCUGGCCGCGCUCACCGCCAUGAGGAUCAGGUUCCCUGGCAAAACCGAGGAAGAGGCCGAGGCUGUGCUGGAUGAGAUCCUUGACAACUGGAAAUACCACAAACCAAAGGUGGCCUCCUAUUGGCUGGUGAAGCUGGACUCGACCAAACAACGGAAGGUGUUGGACAUUGUGCGCACCAAUGUACGCUCGGCACUGCAGCGGAUCUGGAGAGAGCCAGAUGUGGAGAGCCUCCACCUCUAUCGGCUCUUUAACCGAGUCUUCAACCGGCUGCUCUGGAGUCACGGGCAGGGCCUGUGGAACUGCUUCUCCAACACCGGUUCAUCGUGGGAGACCAUCUUCAGUAAGAGCAGUGAGGUGGUGUCACCCCAGGAGCUGCAGUGCUGCCGCCGGCUGGUCCAGCUGUGCCGAGACUGCCUCCUGGUCGUCUACAAGUUUGUCUCCGAGUCCCGCGGCUCUUUGACCGGACUCAGCCCCGAAUGGGAUGACACCAGGUAUGUGCUGCCAGUGACCUCCCAGUUCAUCAUGAAGUGGCCUUCGUCCAGCUUUGGCCGCAUCUCCUCGGUCAUGCCGCGCUCCCGCAGCCUCUUCGCCGCCAGGAUGGGCCACUUCUGAGGUCACCGUGGCAACCCUGGCUACUGACACCUCGCCUUUUUGACUUCAACCCCCCCCCCUCCCCUGACUCUCACCCAGCCAAACUCCGAUCUCAGCAAUCCUGGUAUGGAGCUGGAUCUUUGGGCAGCUCUGGACACCGGAUGGGAGCCUCACCCUUCAGCCAAGCCCCCUCGUGGGAGAUCAACAAGGAAAGGCUGAGUGACUGAGGUUUUCUUCAGGGCCUUGUUCAGUUUAGUUUAGUUUGGCCCUGCUCAGACCAGCAGAACACCGGCACCCUCUGACCCUCCCUUUAGCCCUCAUUGUAACGGCUGUAAUAUACCUAAUCACUGUACAGUUACAAGUCAUGGUACUGUAAAAGUCAAGAAUAACAGAUACUAAACAAUGCAAGGAUUAUUUAUUUAUGUACUUAUUUAUUUUCUAAGAUAUUCCAUGAAUGCAGUGAAUGCUGAUGCAGAAUGCAAAAAUGGAAUGAUUCAACUAAAGCUAUCCCUUGUUUGGGAAGUGGAUUUAAAAAGAAAAACAAAAACAAAAAGCUUAUUUUUGCUGGCUAAAAUCAUUUCUCUUAUUUCUGUGGUAAGAAUUUAAUUUAUUUCAUAACUUAUAUCAGCGACUUUCUGUUUAGAAAUGUUAUAACAGUCACUUUAUGUCCAUGUUUUUGAUUUUCAGGGUAACAAUAGAGAGGUGGUGUCCGGAUAAUUCAAACUGUUUCACUUUUGAAUGAUUAUGCCUCAUGUUUUACACGUGCGAUCGUAGGUGCAGCAUUGUUAUCAAGCAACAAAAUGUUCAGAAUGUGGACGUAGAAGAGCCACGCCUCUUUGCCUCUCAGAGCACGAGCCGACUUUGAUGCCACAGCAUCAGGAGCCAAACUGAAGUCCCAGCGAGCGUCCAGUUCCUUACCCAGUAAAUGCACUUUGCAGUUUGUCACAGAAAGAGAAAGUGGGUGCACAUCUUAGUCGUGUUUGCAUGCCUAGAUUUUAGUCCCUCACGUGGGCGUAGAGGUGAAACGGAGGAGCUGCGUUCGGAACAUACUUGAAGUCGUGUGUUUGUCAUGAAUCAUUGUGUCUUGUAUCGGCUGCUCUGAGAAGAAGACACUUCACCUAUAGAUUUCUUGUCUCGAUUAUGGAUGUGUUAAGGAUAAUAGAGAUGUGUUGCAUCAUUUAGAGAUCUUGCAGCAGGUCGAAUGACUCGGAUCAUCGGCUGAAACGCACCAGUUGUACUGGCGGUGAUUUAUUCUCCUGGGACGAGCAGUUGCAGCCUUUUUUCUCCAUCACACUGUAGGUACAAGUACCAGGGAAACUCAUUGGAUGUGCCAAUAAUAAGCACAUCUGCUUCACGUGUUCAGUUUUAUUUAUUUAAGGUUAAUAUAUCAUGAUACUACUGUAGGACCUCAGUUAAAUACAGUGUUAAAUGUUGAUAGGGAGAAACGUUGUAUGUUUAGCAGUUUACUUGGUUCAGUGUAACGACCCCAUCAGAUGAUCGAUGACUCAACUUUUCAAUGUGGUAGUUUUGACUGUACCAAACAGUACAGUGCACAUUUUAUAACAUCUGUUUUGCUAGAUCUACUCAAAUUGAAAUUUUCCACACAUGCAGAACAUCAAUUCACAAUGCCAAAUAUUUUUUUAUUUUUUUGCCUGAUUUUGUUUGUGUUAUUUAAGAGUAGAACUUUUUUUCAUUGGAGGAAUGAGAUUUUUAAUUUUACAUAGCAAUAAAAUGUUUAAACAAA